ACGCAACCAAAACGUAGAAAACGGGAAGAGGCGCGCGGAGUCGCGAGUACUCUGCAGUUUAUUCAUUCAUAUAAUCCGUUGAGAUCUCGGACUUGUUCUUCUCAAGAUAGCGACAGCCAGGGUUGAAGCACUUUCUGAGAGAAAUUUUUUUUUUUUUUUAUCGAGAAUAUGACUUCUUUUUGGUUGAAUCGUCGUCUCUACGGUGCUGAUUCGGCGUCCGGGAGUGCAAUCUUGAGGCUACGGAACAAGCGAAAGAGAAAGUCUGCAAUGAAAAAUCUGAAGGGUGGCUUCCGAAGGCUGAAAGCUGAGAUGCAGGAGAUCAGUAAGGAGCAACAAAGCAUCAAGGAAGGACAAAAACAAGUCAGAGAAAAACUUGAAGCCAUUGAAGCUGAAUGUGCACAACUCAGGAAGGAUACGGACCUCAUGAUCAGGCAGAGAACAAAGGCAGGGUAUCUAUAUAAUGGACAAAUAAGGAAUAAUUGCCAAUAGGAUUAAGCUAGUUGUUAGUAUGUUCUAUCUUCUUUUCUCUUUUGGUGGAACCAGAUGCUGUGUUGUUCUGCUUAUCGCUAAACUGUGUUUGUGUUUUUCAUUUCAAGUUUUAUUGUGUUUAAUUGCAGACAUAAUAGAUGUUGAACUUUAUAUAUGUUUGUCAAGUUAGAAUGAUUUACUUUUUUUAAGCGCCAAGGACAGUCAUUAUUCCAGGACAGAAUGUAUGACGCAGUCUACAUAUUUAAAAUGUAGAUUAUAUCUCACUUGAAAGUAGUUUCUCAAGCAACAAAUCUCUUCGUUUUCUUGGAAACCCUACAAACUUCUUCGCGAGGUUUGCAGCUAAAGUUGUCUGCAAAGUUGCCAACUUCCUCAAUCUCUCAAGCAACAGAGUAGUAGAAUUUUCUAUCGAAGACUCUGAUGAAGAUGGAGACGUUCUCUAGAACAUUCAACCUCGUUGCGAACUGUGAAGAAUCUCUAGUGAAAAGACUGCUCUGUGGGCCUGCUUCUUCGGCUCUGUUUAUGUGGGCUUAUUUCUUUGGGCCUGUUUAUGUGGGCUUGUUUAUUUGGGCCUGUUUAUGUGGGCUUGUUUCUUUGGGCCUGUUUAUGUGGGCUGUACCUUGUACCGUUUACGUGAACUUAAUUCAAUGUUAAUAAUGUUGACUAUUUAUA